AUGGCGGUUGACUCGUACUCCAAGGAGCAGAUGAUUGCUCUGGGAAUCACCUUUCUGAUUCUCCCGUGCAUCUUUGUCGCCCUGCGGUUUUGGGCAAAGUGGCUGUCGCGCAAGAAGCUACAAUGGGAUGACUUGUUCAUUCUAAUAGCCCUGGCCUUUUCGAUUGCUUGUUCUAUCACGCAGCUAAUAGGAGCGAUUGAUGGACAGCUAGGACAGCAUCAAACCCUCGGUUCAGACGGUCAACCGAUUCUGGACGACCCGAGAUUCCUGACAUACGAGAAGUGCAAAUUUGCCAGUCAGAUGCUUGCAGUCAUCGGAUUAGGCUUCACCAAAGCGUCGCUCCUUGUUUUGUUUCGUAGCAUCUUCGCUAUCUCGGGAUGGUUCCAACCAACUUCGAUGGUCAUGCUGGUGGUGGUGUUCGCAUGGACAAUCUCUUUCUUCUUCGCCAACCUCUUCACGUGCUAUCCGAUCACGCCGCUCGUCGAGGCAUUCUACGGAAACAAGUGCAUCAAUAGCGUGGCUAUGUGGUAUUCCUCAUGUGUUACCGAUGUCUUUGUCGACAUCAUCAUCCUUAUUCUGCCGUUGCCGCUGGUCCUGAAGCUGCAGUUGCCGUGGAAGCAAAAGUUGGCUGUCGCAGGCAUGUUUCUUAUGGGCACUACUGUUGUCGCAAUCAGCAUCACCCGUCUCGCCAUGUACAUUCACAUCGGUCAAACCUUCCUAGAUCACUACCUAGAUGCGACUUAUUACACCUCCCCCGUCUUCUUCUGGACCAACAUCGAAAUGUCCCUCGGAGUCAUCCUCGCCUGUCUCCCUACCCUCCGCCCCAUCUGGCUUCUGAUUAGAGGGACCCCGAUUAGCUACGGCUCCAAAUCUUACCCGACGUACGACUACUCCGGCCACACUGGCCGAUCGGGACGGCACCAGCAACCGAACUCAGACAAUUUCAAUGAGCUGGACACGAUCAAUCUCGUCAAACAUCCCGAUGCGUCGAGUACGCGUGAUGAUGUAAGGUCUGUAUGA